GAAGAGGGUGAUAGUGAUAAUGAUGAUGAUGAUGAUUGGGAAAGAGAGGGGGAGUGGAAAAGUAACUUCAGGGAGUGGCUGAGAGAGUUUACAAUCCAUUGCAAAUUCACAGAGAGUGGGAUAAUCUGCAAGACACAGCCCUGUAUCCUUAAAGAAGCUCUGUGACUGGGAACUGGAGGCUGUAUCACAACCACUGCUCAGACCUAAUGACAAAGUGCCAAGUGCUAAUGGGACAUACUGCUAGGACAAUUGGCAAAACAGGGUGGGGAGAGACCAAAUAAAUUUAGUGGAUUUCUCAAGCCAUGAUGUGCUCUAAAAAACCCAAAGGAAACAUCAUCAACACAUAAGCAAAGGAGCAAGCCCUGGAGAGGAAGCAUCAGCAGAACAGAAAAGGGCAGCCCCUCGGGCCAGGAGAUGAAGGAAGACCCUCACCAUCUGACACAACUGUCCAAUGAAAGGUCAGAGGAUGGCCUGGGACACUCACACAGAGACCUGGCUCCAGAUUUUUACCAUAACCAUCUGGAUCUGCAGCGGUGUUCUGUGCAAUGAUAUCCUGGGUUUGAAGUUACCAAAUGACCCCAUACUGACUCCCAACACCGUCUGUCUGACAUUGCCUGGCCUAAGCAAACGUCAAAUGGGACUCUGCGUGCGCAGCCCUGAUGUCACAGCUUCAGCACUGCAAGGGAUACAAAUUGCUAUCCACGAAUGUCAGCAUCAACUGAGAGGGCAGCGUUGGAACUGUUCCACUUUGGAAACGGGGGGUAAAGUGCCCCAUGAUAGCGCCAUCCUUAAAAGAGGAUUUCGGGAGAGUGCCUUUGCCUUCUCGCUAUUAGCUGCUGGUGUCAUGCAUUCGGUGGCCACAGCAUGCAGCCUUGGUAAGCUGCAGGGCUGUGGGUGUGAAUGGAAACGUCGUGGCACUGAAGAAAACAUACGAUUGAAACUGAAUCAAUUGCAGCUCCAAGCUCUAUCCAAAGUAAAGGGUCUAUCCAGGGAUUUGACCCCACUUCUGAGAGAGACUCCGGAACCCAGUCCCCAGGAUACCUGGGAGUGGGGAGGCUGCAAACAUGAACUAGAGUUUGGGGAGAAAUUCUCCAGAGAUUUUCUGGACUCAAGAGAAUCACCAAGGGAUAUUCAAGCGCGGAUGAGGAUACAUAAUAACCGUGUGGGGAGGCAGUCUGUAACAGAAAACAUGAAGCGCAGAUGCAAAUGCCACGGUACAUCGGGGAGCUGCCAGUUCAAGACGUGUUGGCAUGUAACUCCUGAUUUUCGUUCUGUUAGUACCAUACUGAAGGAGAAGUUACAACGUGCUGUGUUUGUCAACUCCCGUAACAAGAAUAGUGGAGCCUUUCACCCACGUCUUAACAAAAAGCGCCUGGCUGGCGAGCUUGUAUACUUUGAGAAGUCUCCAGACUUCUGUGAGAGGGACCCACGAGUGGAUUCUCCUGGCACCCAAGGACGAGUGUGCAACAAAACAAGCCAUCAGAUGGACAGUUGUGCCAGUCUCUGCUGCGGGAGAGGCCAUAACAUCCUUAUGCAGACCCGACGAGAGCGCUGCAAUUGCCGCUUCCAUUGGUGUUGUUAUGUCAUGUGUGAGGAGUGUCGGGUCACACAGUGGGUCAAUGUCUGUAAGUGAUUUUGAUUCAGUCUCAAGCUCCAAGUAUCUGGAUUCUCAAGACAGUAAUUAAUUUAUUCUUGUACAGCACUGAACAUCAUAUGGAACUCUGUACAUAAAGCUUAACAUGCAUGGUGAAUCACUGCCCAAAUUUCACAACAUCUGCUGGCCUGAGGCACCAGAAGGUAGAAUGACAAAUCAGAAGCAUCUCACAUUGACUUUAAAACAUAUACAUCUCGAAGACUCUGCUAUCCCUCAACGUUACACAUUCCAGAAAAGGGCAGAAGCGAAGCAAGCAACAAGAAACAUGUGGCUUCCAGUAUCCUUUAGUAAUUCAGUUCAUGUCUGGCUUUUGCGACAUUGGCUACAAAUCAGUAGUAGGAAUCAUAUUUUGGAUGAGUGACUCAAAUCAUGUUUCAGUCUGGAUAAGGUGUAUAGAAAACCCCAUUUUAAAACAUAUUUCCUGUUUGCUCUGUGAAACAUAAUUCUAAUACAGAAGAAGAAAGAAGUGAGUGAUGGGACAGGAGCUCCUAAAAUUAUCACCACAAAUAGGAUGCCACAUUUGGCUUGGAUGUCAUCACAAAUAGAAAAAGAUGAAGAACUUUAAUCAAAGCUUACAUUAUAAAUACUUUUGAUAUAUUGUAUUUAUUCACUAUGUGCUGAGAAUUAUGGCAGUAGAUAGUACAAAGGCCUUGUCUAACUCCAAGGCCUCCACCUACUAAGACAUGUUGGAGUUUGUGUAUUAAAUUAAACUAAAACAA